GGUAGAUUUCCAGCAUCGAUGUCGCGUUGCCCUUGACUCCCUCCAUUUUAAUUGCUGUUUUUAAAAAGUUAUUUUAGUGUAAUCAGUAAAAUUACUGUAUAAAACAAUAAACUGAUUGUGACGAGUGUGUUAAACAGUGAAAAUUGUGUAAAACUCAUUUGCAGUGUGUAUUAUAUGUGAAGCGUCACCUGACGGAGCCCAUUGUCGUUUCCCGCCAUUGUAGCUCGCUAAUCCAACCCAAAGUGAUUGAAUCAUGUUGUUCUGUGCGUGAAUUGCUUGUAAAAUAGCAUAAUAUUUCACCUGAGUAAUGUCUUUACACGGAAAUGAUGUCUGUUUGCUAGAAGUGGAAGACUACAACUUGUACGAAGAAGAAGCAUCUGAUCACGCAUUUGCUAGAGAAAAACAAUUGAACUCUGGUGGCAAAACAAUGGAGGCAGAGAAGAGAAUUCGACGUGAGAUUGCUAACAGUAAUGAGCGUAGACGAAUGCAAAGUAUCAAUGCUGGGUUUCAAGCUUUGCGAACAUUAUUACCCCGGCAUGAAGGUGAAAAACUUAGCAAGGCUGCUAUACUGCAACAGACUGCAGAGUACAUAUAUUCUCUUGAACAAGAGAAAACAAGACUUCUUUCACAAAACUGCCAGUUAAAGAGGUUGCUGAAUCAACAUGAAGGAGGUGAAAUACCUUUGAAGAAGAGAAAAAAUGAUAUUUUGUCUCACGUCACUUCUAUCAUCCCUGAUUCUACUGAUGAUACAAUGGCAAAUUCACGAUCACCUGAACCCGUAGCUGUCAUCACAGUGUCAAGUGUAGCCCCAAAAAAGGAUGCCGAAGGUGGAGACUUGAGACUUCAAUUGGAUAGAGAGAGACGACAUCGCCGUUUAUUAGAAGAAAGACUGCACGCCUUGGAAGCCCAACUGUACCCUGAGACUGUCUGUGAACUAACACAUCCCGUAAUACAUUACGAGCAAACCAACGUCGCAGUCUCGGAAUGUAAGACAGAGAAAGAGGAAACCGAGCCGGUCGCAGCGGCUCCGCCAGAAAAGGCCGCCGCUCCUCUGCUGGAGGCGGCGAUCAAGGCGGAGCCCCGCGUGGAGGUGGAGGUGCUGCCGGAGGCGGCGCGACUGUACCUGCCUAAUACGAGCCGCCAGAACUUAGAGACCAUCGUGGAGGCCAUCCGGCACCUGGAGGGCGACCACCUGUUCCGCGAGGAGCCGGGUGAGGCGCCGCUGGCACUCACCAAGAAGCCGGAGCGCGCGUCGCGGCCCGGCGUCAUCGUGGUCAAGCACUCGUGAUUGUGUUCCCUGGACUCUGCCCAAUUCUGUGCUUCUGCAGAAUGAGGACUCCCGGCCCUCCUCGAAUAUAGUUUUAAAGUUUUAGUUGUUUAGAUGUGUUUUCCAAAGUGACGAGUCGAAAUAAGUCUGCCCUGCAUUGUCUUACACAUAACGGUUGGAGCGAUUGUAUCAUUAUUACCUACCUAUUAUGUAGCUGAUUAUAAAUAUCAGCCCUGUGCAUAGAUUAUUCUCGAUUUGAAAUUGUAUUUGACUUUCGAAUCAUUGUUAUGAAGGUGAAAUGGGAUAAGUAUUUCUUAUUGAUCUUUAUCAAAUAUUCUGGACUUAAGAAUUGUAGCACUAUAUUUAUUUGAUAAUGGACUUAAAUGUCAAAGCGCAAUGGAAUAUGAUGGUGUCUCAUUAGACGUGAAGUACCUAGUCUCAAUAACAUCUUAUUACUUUUAAGAGAAAAGCUCCUAAGAUAUUUCAGUUUAUUUUCUAUUGUAAGAAUCAUUAGUAGGAUAUUUUCAUAUUAUAUGCCCUCUUAAAUAAUUUUUGCAAUGAGCAAAAAGGCUUUGUAUUCCUUUUUUCUGAAAAAAAAAAGGAUUUUAGCAUCUCAGUAAAUUUUCUCUUGUUUAGAUAUAAACAGUGAUGUGCCUAUGCUUGGUUAUUUCAUAAUAAUUAUUCAUGUCAACUUUCCUUAUAAUGGGAUUGUUGUCAGUGGCACAUCUCUGAAACCAAUUAGUAUAGGUUCUCCUUUGUUAAAUCUUGCUGUAUUUCACUUUAAUAUUUAUUGUUACCAUCUAAGAGAGAUUGUAGAUUGACUGAUUUAAGUAAGGUUUUGGUGAAGUGGGAAUGAUCUGUUGGGCCGCGUGCCAAUAUUCUUCACGACGUCGAUUGAAAACUUAGUAAACUUUAUUUAAGAUGGUAUCUAUCUGUAUAUGAUCGAAGCAAUGUGAUAUUUUGGCUGGGUUACAUAAAACUGAAAGAUGAAAAUAUCUCGUGUGAGCAAUAAAUCUGACAAGGGUUGUUGUUACUUGUGAAGAUCUAGCAGCAAUAUUUAUUAAAACAAAAAUACUAGGCAAAUUUAAAAAAAUCUAGAUAAAUAUCUUUGUGUAAAAUAAGGUAAUUUUAGGCAUGCGGCUAUGAGACGUCAUUAAUUAAGUCCUUUGUGUAAACUAUGCAUUCCCUUUAUAGGGAACGACUAAUUUAUUUAUCCAGUGUAAUUUAGUAUAAUAUGUAUGUUUUUGUUAAUUCUGAAAUUUCCAGUGCUUAUUGUUUUAUACUUGACAUUAAUUAUAAAUUUUAUAGCAAUUGGCAUUACCUUUGGUAAUAGACAGAAUAUUUGAGCAUUCCAUAUUUCGGAUUUUCUCUUGCGGUUCAGAGUUAAUCCACAUGAGAUGUAGUUAAUUAAAGCUGAAUUUGUAUAUUGUACUCAACUAAUUAGUGUAUUCAUGUAAUGCUUGUUGUGAGCAUAUUUCAUUGAAAAAUCUAUUAGGUCAUUACUCAAAUAAGAACUGGUAAAUAGGUACCCAUCGUGAAUAUUAAUAUUUGUAUGUAUUGUAAGUGCUGUCGUGUAACAAAAAAUUUCAAAUUGACUAGCAACCUCGCCCGCACCACGUCCGCCGCAGGAGACUGAUGAUGAGAUCAUCCAGCUCCGAACAGCUCUGGUUGGCAGCGGCUAGGUUGUGUGUAGUGUAUUUCAGUAAAUUAGGUAAAAUAAUUAACAGUGAUUCGUUUAUUGUUCGCUUUAAUGUGCUGACUUUUGUUAGAUAUUAACAUGCAGUGCUUUUUGUUAAUAGUUUUCCAUGUAAGUCUUGAUUGUAACUUAUUUUUAAGUUGGACUCAGCAACAGAGUGGUUUCGCGCUGGUUGCAUUGUUACAAUAGAAACAGAAGACAGUCCUAUAAUAUAGGAUUAUGAUUUUAAGACUGAUCAUUUUAUUCAUUAUUAAGUUAUGCUAGGUCCAACCAUCAUGUAGUUAGUAAAAUGUGUAUGUGAAAUGUGUGUUCUAUUUGACUGUAUGUGUGCAUGUAUUUCUUAAUAUUUGUAUUGAUUUAUGAAGUUCAGCAUUAUUAGAGAUUUAUCAUUAAAAUAUAUUAACCAAAGGUGUUGCUUAUUCUAGUUAAAGAACUGUAGCAACAUAGGUCUUAUAUAUAUGAAAAUCUCUAAUUUUAUUAGACUUCGGAAAAUAAUGACAUAAGUUAGCUUUUGAUGCACUUUAUUGUAACAUGACUUAUUUUAGGACUCUGAACUGCAACACAUAAGGGACCGUAUUUUUGUAACUUUGAUGCAUGUUUUUUUUGACCGAGGAAAUAUUCCAUAAUGGAAAAAUAUAAACUUCACUUAAUAAAUUAAAUAAAUUGUGAAAAUAUUUUUUGAAUGCUGGAUUUUUUUUAUAUUUUCUUAUGUAAAUCCAUGGAUAAAGGGGUUUCUGGGCAUAAAAAGUUAAGGAAUACGUGUCCACAAAUUGUGAUAAAAUAGUUUAGUAAAAUAAGUUUGUUUUUCUGAAUCAUUGAGGAUGAAGCGAAAAUGACAGAUUUUAUUAGCUCUUGUUUUUGUUUCAUCCAACUUUGUCAUUAAUUAAAAAUAAAAUAUUCUCAAGUAGCAGUUCUUAAUAUAAAAUUUAUUUGGUGAUGAUUAUCCUUGUAAAGAGAAUUAUUCAAGAACCUAAACUCUGUUUUUUGUUUUUCAAGAUGGAAGAAGUUUUUUUUUUACGAAAUUUUUCUGCACUCUGUUUCUGAGUCAUAGUUUUAAGAAGUUGUCUGCCUACCGCCUUUUACAUUAUGUCAGUAUAGGAUAAUUCAAUUGUACCAUAACGGACUUGGUUAUAUUUUUAGUGUAGUCAAAUAGUAAUAAGAGAUUUUAAGUCAAAGAAAGCAAGUUAAAUUGUUUAAAAUGUGUUAUUAUUUAUGUCUUAAAGUAUUAAAAUGGUUAUUUCUUAUUAAUUAGUUUGUAAACGAUGAUCAUCUGCAUGAACGAACUGUUCAAUUUGUAAUCUAGCGAAAACCAAUUAAACCACAUUUAUGUUAAUUUACAUUCAAACUCUAAUGUACUAUAAGAUUUAUAGUUUUCUAUUUAUCAUAAACCACGGACAUACAACCCUUAAAACUAUUAUUUGAUACUUACGCCAUUUUCAAAGGUAAUUUUAAUAACUUUACACGAUUUAUCUGGCAUCUAGUAUAAAUUAAGUAUAUUGAUUCAUAAAUAAUGUUUUAUUGGUUUUACGCCCAACUAAGGUAACAUUUCUAUUUUCUACACUCUAUCAAUAUAAAUCAUUUUAUUUUAUUGAUUUACUAACUACAGAUAGAACUUAAAUAUCAUGGAAAUAAGUUAUAUUUCUUGUUUAUAAAUAGUAAACGACAUUUGUAUUGCAUUUAUAGUAUUUUGUUCAAGGCUUGUUCUACCGAGUCUUCUGAUUCGGAUAAGAGUCUUAAUGCUAUUUAGAUAGUGAUAGGGUGGAUAUCAAAUUAAAAAGUAAUUUAAUUUUUAUAAUUAUAUUAUUAUUCGCCAAAAUUCUUGACCACAAUGACAGAAGUUCUCCAAUUUAUUUUAUGCCUUUCAUUUGUAGGAAACCGCGACAAUUCUAAACGCAACAUAGUAAUUUAUUUGUACGUCAAAAAAAAUGAAUUGAUUUCUAAAUCCUGAUUCUGUUUAUGAAAAAUUAAUUUUAUUUACCCUAUCUCUGCUUAUGUUCCUAGUUUAAUAGAUACUAAGUAUUAUGUGUUACAAUUAAUUAAGAUAAAGUGUAGAAAAUAAUCCAUAAACAUUUCUUUUUUUUAUAUGAAAUUGAUAAGAAUAUUUCUCCUGAUUUUAAUUGUACCACAUUUGACCUAUAUUUACGAAUAUUUAUAAAAGAUUCAUAAUUUA